AUGUCCGGUCUAAAUACCGCCAUUGUUUCCUACUGCGCGGGCACUGAGGUUCCGGUUCGACGACCCUUGAAAGAACUGGGGGUUUCACUGCACUUGGAGAGGUUCAAAGAUGCGUGUUCCAGCAAGAAUUACAGUACCUGUAGAGAAGUCUUGUCUCGCCUCAAGGAUAUUAUCGAUGAAAAGGAAGCCCAAGAAGGACUAACUCUGCCACAAACUCAUGACGAAACUGAAGAUAAUGAGCAUGUUGAAGAGCCUCAAGACUUUGAUAACAACGAGCAAGAACAGAUUGGUGACCAGCUAGACUUUGAUAACAACGAGCAACAACAGAUUGGUGACCAGCUAGACUUUGAUAACAACGAGCAACAACAGAUUGGUGACCAGCUAGACUUUGAUAACAACGAGCAACAACAGAUUGGUGACUUUUUUGAUGGAAUACCUGAAGAAGAAAACGACCUUGAAGAUCACCUAGGUUUUUCAAAACUACCUUUGGACGAUAACUAUCUUAAGCAAAACCCUUGGGGAUAUUUCACAACUGUGAAAACUUCUGAAGAGUUGCAAAAGAACCAGAAGCGAGGUGGAGCAAAGGCACAGAAGAAGCGCGGUGGAGCAAAGGCACAGCAGAAGCGCGGUGGAGAAAAGUCACAGCAGCAGCUCAAUGAGGAGCCUCUACGUCGAUCUGAACGACGCCCUACACCUACUAAAAGGUUGCUUGAAAGUUUGGGACAGCGUGAUUCUGAAGAGGAAGAAGAAUAGUGAAAGCGUGAUUCUGAAGAGGAAGAAGAAUAGUGAAAGCGUGAUUCUGAGGAUUUGACUGGAUGACAGCUACUUGAUCUUGUGGUUUGACUGGAAGUUAACUCAUGAUACCAAUAGAUUACAGCAAAAACACAAUUCUUUGAGUAUCUCAAGUUUUUCUAAACUCACUAGAGAAAAUCUCAGUCAAGAAGAAGAAUCUCAUUGAAAGAAUCUCAU